AGACGAUUGGCAAUUCAGAGCGACUAACUAUUUACUAUUUUUACUUUUCCAGCAUAUUUUAAUUUAUACGUAGUAUUUUUGUUUGAGAUAAGUCAAAACGCGACUAAGAAUAUUAAUGUCCCUUGUAAAGACCUUCAAUCAAUCUUUAGCCGGCAAAGGAGGAUCAAGAUCUCCGAAACGAUCAUGUGUCCUGCAACCUAUGGAGUCUGAUUACAACGCGAUAGAUUUAUGUGCCGGCAAAAAUAUGGUAGGACGCACGCGAGAGACUGGCAUAAGAGAUGUGCGGUGCUCCAAGCGGCAGUUGGAAUUAGACGUGGACAUGCAAAACACAUGCGCGAAAUUGCGUGUAAUCGGCAUAAAUCCAUGCAGCGUUAAUGGUUUGAUGGUCAUGCAAAAUACUGAGUGCCAGGUGGAACACGGUGAUAUUAUUGAACUGGUAUAUGGAAAGCAUCAAUUCGAGUUACAAUUCAAACCACAGCCACCUACGGAACUGAAAGCAAAACAGGAAAAUGAACCGAAAAUGCAAUAUAAGACGGAUGAGUUAAUGGCGCAAACUAAAAGUGGUGGGAAACGUUCAGGCCAAUGGGAAUCGGUUCAAAACGGCGCUAUGAUGGUGUACACAGAUGCAAAUGUGAAGGCAUUAAGCAAAGUGGCUGGCUAUGAUAUUGACGGUACAAUUAUUACUACAAAAUCGGGCAAUGUUUUUCCAAAACACGCUGAUGAUUGGCAGAUUCUCUACCCUGAAGUACCAAAAAAACUGAAAUUAUUGCACGAGAGUGGCUACAAGAUUUGCUUUUUCACCAAUCAAGGUGGUAUUGGCAGCGGAAAAGUAAAGUUGGAUGAUUUCAAGCGGAAAAUAAAAGAAAUACUUACAAAAUUAGGUGUACCUGUGCAGGUAUUUGUCGCCAUCGAAGAGGGUAUCUAUAGAAAACCGUUAAUUGGCAUGUGGCAGUACUUGAUUGAAAAUGGGAAUGACAAAAUUGAAAUAGAUUUGGCCAAAAGUUUUUAUGUAGGGGACGCUGCAGGACGCCCAGAAAGUGGCGCUGGCAAAAACAAACGUAGAAAAGACCAUUCUUUAGCAGACCGUCGAUUCGCGGCGAAUAUAGGAAUAUCUUUUUAUACGCCUGAAGAGCACUUCCUAGCUAAGCCCACAGAGCAGUGGAUUAAACCCGAUUAUGAGCCAAUUGAAGUUGUUAAUAACACACAUAUACCGUUACUGGAGCCAGAAAACAUGAAACUAAAGGCAGAUGGCUGCGAAAUGAUCAUCAUGAUGGGGUUGCCUGGCUCAGGGAAAAGUUUCUUUUGUCGGGAAUAUUUGGAACAACAUGGCUAUACGAUUGCCAACGCGGAUGUACUUGGAAGCACUCAAGCUUGCCUUAAAGUUUGCGAAAAAGCAUUGGCAGCUGGAAAAUCGUGUGUUGUUGACAAUACAAAUGUUGAUGUCGAGUCGCGUAAGAAGUUUAUAAACCUUGCUAAGCAGCAUAAGGUGCCAUGUCGCUGUUUCGUUAUGAAUGCUUCGGUAGAACAAGUGAAACACAACAUAAAAUAUAGGCAGUUAACAGAUAAAACGCACUCAAAGAUAAAUGAUAUGGUUUUUAAUAUGAUGAAGAAAAAGUACACACCUCCAACAGAGGGCGAAGGUUUCACACACACCGUCAAAGUGAAUUUAAAGCCGAAAUUUAAAAGUGCAGCGGAAGAACAACUAUAUAAAUUAUAUUUGUUAGAAAAAUAAGUUCGAGAUUAUAGAAAGCCUAAUAAUACAAAGUAAUUGAAACUUGCUUUAACAAA